AUGCUUGAACAGUACAAAAAAUACAACAAGAAGGACUACUUACAGGUGGUCACCCUUGUCGAAUAUGAAGGAUGUCCUCCCGAGCUUUGCAAAUUCUUGGAAAGCUGUGAACUCAUUAGCCUAAGCAGCCUACUCUCCGUCUCAUAUUCCGAAAAAGAGACAACCCUUAUCGAGGAGAGACCCCCGGACAAUAUCGAACUCACAGAGCAUGAGGUAGAGUUGAUUCGCAAGCUGGAGCGACGUUGGAAACGUCGGCUCAAAAUUUCAGAUGAGCGUCGUCGAGCACAAGAAACGAUAGAAGGUCGGCUCAUCGAGGACUUGUUCAAAAUGAUGGAUGAAAAGUGGACUGAGCCCGCACCUAGUCUCAGAGGCGUGAUCAGGAUCUGUAGAAUCCAAGCCCGUAAACGAAUAUUUUCCGCUUUGCCUCUCAUGGUCGAUUUGGAAAACGCCCACAUCGAUUUCCAGAGAAUCAAGGCCCAAGCCAAACUUCGUUUAGACAGAGAAUCUUCUGUUCACGAUCUUGAUGAGCUCUAUGCUAUUCAUGCUAUGCUGCCACCGAUUGAGCGACAGUUCUCUAUCUUGGAUGGCCUGCUGACUGUCAACGGCCUGUCCCUAUACUUGCAGACUUUACACUCCAGCUCGUUUGACAGUGAUUUCCGAGACUUUGAACGCAUGCUGAUCACGACGAUUGAAGGUUUGAACACCAUCCGUGGACGAGUCGAAGCGAUUCGGUAA